ACAAACAACAGAAAGGUGAAUUUGCAAUAGAUGGCUAUGACGUCAGAAUGAAUAACACUCUUAGGAAGGAUGCAAAGAAAGAUUGCUGCUUUGAAAUCUCUGCUCCUGAUAAACGGAUCUAUCAGUUUACAGCAGCUUCUCCCAAAGAUGCUGAGGAAUGGGUACAGCAGCUGAAAUUUGUAUUACAAGAUAUGGAAUCUGAUAUUAUUCCUGAGGACUAUGAUGAAAAAGGAGAAUUAUAUGAUGACGUUGAGCAUCCUCUACCAAUCAGCAACCCACCAACAAGUGGGCAGCCAAUAGACGAUGAAAUUUAUGAGGAACUUCCAGAGGAGGAAGAGGACAACGCUUCUGUGAAAAUGGAAGAACAAAGGAAGAUGAGUCAGGAAAGUGUGCAUCACACCUCAGGUGAUAAAAGCACUGAUUACGCUAAUUUUUACCAGGGUCUGUGGGACUGUACAGGAGCACUUUCUGAUGAGUUGUCAUUUAAGCGUGGUGAUGUGAUUUACAUUCUUAGCAAGGAAUACAAUAGAUAUGGCUGGUGGGUAGGAGAAAUGAAGGGAGCCAUUGGCUUGGUGCCUAAAGCCUACGUAAUGGAGAUGUAUGAUAUUUGAGAGUCCUGGCAGGAGAAAUCAACAUUUUGACUGAAGAAAAAAAUUAAAAUACAACUUUCCCUUCCUGCUUACAGAGAAGGAAGAGUCUUCUGCUUAUCUGCAAAUGUUUUGGAUUUAGAAGCCUUGUGAAAGCAUGAGUGACAGCCCAUAACCUUUCUUUGUUUUGUUGAACAUCCCUGGCUUUGACUAUUAUUUUAUAUAGUCGUUCAUUAAAAUAUUCCUCUGAAGUGAAAUUAAAUGAAGGGUAUUAAUGUAAAUUAGAUGCAAGCCAUAAAGUUAUACCUGUUGCUGUUUUGCAAAGAAAUAAUUGCAGUUUUUAUUCACCCAUUUAGUGAUUUGUGUGAAGAAUUCAUUACUGUUUUAUGCAGACCAUGUAGUUACUGCUACUUCCAGUGUGAGUUGUAAUUUCUUUUAAUCAUUGAACAUCAGUUAUUUUUUAGAGUGUAAUAUCUAAUUUCAUAGAAUUUUAAUUUAAUAUAUCAUGCAGGGUUUAGGCAGAUGCUAAAAAAUGUGAGUAUGCUAAAGCUUUGUAAAUCAUUUACCUUAGUAUUUAUUUUUCACACAAUAGUAACAUGUUCUCAUGAAAGAAGUCCUACAAAGUGGCAAAUUUACUUCCCCUUAAAUACAGCCAUGAGAAAGAAAAAAAAAGCGAUAUAAUUACAAAUGGCUAUGUGCUGUCACCUGCAGCACAAGUGUGAACUGGAACCAGGUUUGCGCAGAGCAGUUUACACAUAACAGAUAUCCUGGUUUGAUGAUAGGCAUACCAAUGUUUUCUACUGUAUUUUUAUUUAAAUUUAAUGAAAUAAAAGAUUCAUAAAAAACCUCAUUCUACCACUGAUAAAAUGGUAUAAACAGCCUCAAUAUAUUCUCAAAGUAAGAAAGUGUGACCCAGUCAGUACUCUCUCAUCCUACCUUGUUACCGUGCUAUUGAAGUCCCACCAUAAAACAGCACAACUCUGGGCUCUUUUCUGUACUUCUGAGAGUGCUGAGAAGAAAAGGAAGGCCCAGAGAGCAAAGUGUAGAAGUCACAGGGUAACAUGCAUCAACAGGUGGAUGGAAGGGGGGGUAGUGUUUGUCUGGCAUCUCAGUUAUGCUCAGUGCUGCAUGAAGGAGAUUUGCAGAUCAAAUCAUUAAUGUGUAUUUUAAAUCAUGGGAAUUUUAAAUGCCUGUGAAGUACCAGUAUGCCCUUAAUAUACAUUAAAAUGCAUUGUGAUGACUAGAAUAGAUAUAAUCUCCUAAGAUGGAAUCAUUACUUAGCUGGUACUAUCUUUGUGAAGUUUUCAGAUCUUUGCUUUGUAAAGGUAAAGACGCUAACCAUGCAAAUGAAUUGGUAAUAUUUUAAAACCUCCAUUAUUUAUUUACAACUAUUUACAAAUGAUAUUAGAGUGUUUAUUUUACAGUUAUCUCCUAAGUUUCAAAGUUUUAAGGAAAAAAAAAAACUUACUUUUUGGGACUGUGAGUAAACUGAAAUUUACAUAUAGACCCAUCAAGUUAAAGUUUUCAGAACUUACAUUUGUGUGGUCAUUACCCUUUUCCUGAUGUAGUGCCACUGAACUAGAUAGAAGUCAUCUUGGCAAAAGUUAGACCACUGGAGAUGAACUUCAUGGACUAGUUUUCAAAGCCUGAGUAGUUGAAAAGCAAAAGCAGCUCCGCCCAACUGCAGCAGGCCUGUGGAGUCAGCUUCCUGCCUCCCACCUAAAUGAAGUGUUUAGUACUGGGCCAGUAGAUGGCAGCAGCUUGUCACUGCAUACAGAACACUUGGCAACCCCUCCCCCACUCGAGGACUAAUUCAGGAGUUUAGGAGAUUUCUGCCUCUUUUUACAGUUAAUCCAGGAGAGGGAGUCCUCUGCCAACUGAUGACCAACAAUUCCAAGCCAGCUAGUCUUUGAAUGGUGGCAAUACAGAAAUAUGGUGUUACUGCUGUCCAGGGCUCCCCUGGCCUUUGUUCUUUUUUAACUUGAAUAUAGGUGGGGGAUAUAGAAAGGAAGCAGAAGAUUUAAAAUUGGAGUGACAAGAGAGGCAAUCGUUACUUUCAAUUCACGACUACUCUACAUUCAUUUGAUGGAAUAAUUUGUAUACAACCAGGGAGAAAGUUUUCUUUACACCCAUGACAAUAUAUCACGUACUCUUCAAGGUCAUAAUAAUAUCAUUAAUGUGAAUUUAAACAACAUGGCUUGUUAGAAAAUAUGCUAAUUGUUAUGUUCUCAUUAUGUUUGCUUAGCUUUUAUUUGUUUUUCUAUGAACAGUUAGAGAGCUAAUUUUUUUCAAAGGUGAUUGUAAGUCAUAUUUUAUAUAGCAUUUUGCUUGAUUAUUUGCUCUGUACUGAAUUUGUACUCUAUUGCCAUUAGAUCUUACAAUAAUGUUCCACUCUGCAAAUUUUUAAGGUUCAAAUAAAGUUUAAUUGUUUGCAAA